AACUAAACCAUCUCAAAGUACGACACACCUGACAAGAACAAAUAUGCAUGAACGAGUGAACAGAACAGAGAGGCAGUUUAAAUCUCUCCCAGCUAACCAACAGAGUCUUCUUCCUCAAUUCCUUCCUCACCUUGACAAGAUUCGGAAGUGCAUUGAUCAUAAUCAAGAGAUACUACACACCAUUGUGAAUGACUGCGUUCAUAUGUUUGAAAAUAAAGAAUAUGGAGAAGACGGAAGAGGGAAGAUUACACCAGCUUCAACAUUUGACAUGGACAAAUUAAAAUCUACUUUGAAACAAUUUGUGAGAGACUGGAGUGAAGAGGGAAAGCCUGAGAGAGAUUCCUGCUACCAGCCAAUCAUUAGUGAAAUUGUAAAGAAUUUUCCAAAAGAAAGAUGGGAUUUCUCCAAAGUUAAUAUCCUGGUACCUGGUGCUGGGCUAGGUAGAUUGGCGUGGGAAAUAGCUAUGCUCGGUUAUGCUUGCCAAGGAAAUGAAUGGAGCCUCUUUAUGCUCUUUUCUUCUAACUUUGUACUCAACAGAUGCUCUGAAAUUAACUCAUGUAAGCUUUAUCCCUGGAUUCAUCAGUUUAGCAAUAACAGAAGAUCUGCUGAUCAGAUACGGCCAAUUUAUUUCCCUGAUGUUGAUCCUCACAGUCUUCCUUCUGGUUCAAACUUCUCUAUGACAGCAGGGGAUUUUCAAGAAAUUUAUUCUGAGUGCAAUACGUGGGACUGCAUAGCGACUUGCUUUUUCAUAGAUACAGCACAUAACGUUAUUGAUUACAUCGAUACUAUAUGGAAAAUACUAAAGCCUGGAGGAAUAUGGAUAAAUGUAGGUCCUCUCCUUUACCACUUUGAAAACUUGGGAAAUGAACUUUCUAUAGAAUUAAGCUACGAGGAUAUAAAAAAUGUUAUACUGCAAUAUGGAUUCCACAUAGAGGUGGAGAAAGAAUCUGUACUGUCAACUUACACUGUGAAUGAACUCUCCAUGAUGAAAUACUACUAUGAAUGCGUGUUGUUUGUGGUGAGAAAACCAGAAUAGAAGUGGUCUGAAUAGGUUAAUUAGAAAAAAAAUGUUGGCUUGAAAGCUGGAAAUGAGAAUAAAAUGGACUGGGUGAUGUCUGGACACAA